GAAUAAACAUUGAAUACCGACAAGUUAUUAGUUGAAAGUCAAGCGUAUGUUUUUCGGUGAUAAUAAAUAACUUGCCUUAUCAUUUUCUAGUCUAUCUACAAACCAAUAAGUGGAAAUCUAAAUCAAAUUUUAAAUUUUCAAAUUGAAACAUGCAGGUAUAUUUGAGAAAUUGUAUUUGGUUUUGCAUUCUUUUUGUUACUGUUUUCUCUGAUUCAGAUCAAGGGUCUCUUCCGAACGAUUACAGAGAAGAAAAUUUCUUGAACAUCUUGUAUGAUGAUUACCGAAGUCAGUUGCAAUUAGAUGACUCCACUGAUGAAAGAUUGGAAAAAACAGGCGUUUCUCUGUCCACUAACACAGCUGAUUCUACAGAAACACCAUUACCUAAAAUUUCUACAAAUACUUCAUAUUCCACAAAAGAUUUGCCUACAGAUGAGCCAACUUCUACAAAAGAAGACUCAACUGCAACAAAGGAUUCAAUUACAGAUGGGACAGCUUUUACAACAGAUAACUCAACUGCAACUGAGGAUUCUUCUUCUGAACGGCCAGCUUCUUCAACCGACAGCUCAUCUCCCACUAUAAAAAGUUCUACAGAAAAGCCAAAAUCUUCAACCGUUAUCUCAUCUUCUACAACGGAAGGUUCUUCUACGGAAAAGCCAAUAUCUUCAACAGUUAGCUCAUCCCCCACUAGCGAAGGUUCUUCUACAGAACAGCCUACUACUACAGAAAAGCCAAUAUCUUCAACCGUUAGCUCAUCCCCCACUAGCAAAGGUUCUUCUACAGAACAGCCUACUACUACAGAAAAGCCAAUAUCUUCAACUGUUAGCUCAUCCCCCACUAGCAAAGGUUCUUCUACAGAACAGUCUACUACUACAGAAAAGCCAAUAUCUUCAACCGUUAGCUCACUCCCCACAACCGAAAGCUCUUCUACAGAACAGCCUACUACUACAGAACAGCCUACUACUACAGAACAGCCUACUUCUACAGAAGAAGGGACUACGAUUUCUCCAACACCUAAACCACCCAUGCCUGCAGGAAUAGUAGCCAUUAUUGUUAUAGGAGUUACACUAUUUAUAAUCUUCUUGAUAGGUUUAGUGUACUACCUUAUAAAAAAAAGGAACAGAAGAUCAGAAUACACACAGCCUUUAGACCCGUGAAAUGCAUGUUUUCAUGUAUAUUUAAUUGCAUUUAGAAAUAGAUAAAUAAAAUUAAGUCAUGUAGUGCUAA